UUUGGAAAAAAAUGUCAAGAGACAAAAAUGUUCAGGACACAUUUCUCUAUCUGCUCUGAUAAUUUGAGAAAAAUCUGUGACAGUUCAUUGAGCAACUUCGUUCGUCUCUAUCGUGCACUGCCUCCUAAGGAAAUUAUCCUUACGUAACACCAUUUUUCAAUUUUGAUAAAAAGUGAAUAAGUAUGACGGGGAAAUUGAACAAGGGUUACACUGUUCUGUUUGUAAUUAUUUUUUGUAAACAUAAGAGUAAAAAAUGCUGUUCUAUACAAUUUCGAAUUUUAAAAUACAAAAUGGAACCGAAAAACUAAAAUAUGAAAAGGUUUUCUUCAAUUUUUUUUAAUGUGGCUUUUGUUUUUUGGCAAUAAAACAACAGUAACUCAUAUUUCAGUAAAAAAAUGCGUUUAGAAUCUAAAAAUUGGGAUUUAUCAGAAACUUUGAAUGUUCUAUCGCUUAAAGUUUUAGAAUUUUUAUAAUUAAAAGAAUUAAAUAUUGAGAUUUUACAUUUUAAUUUUCAGUAGACCAGUAGACAACAUCAAAAAUCGGACAUUAAUUUUUACUUUGAAAUUAAUUAAAUUCAACAAACAUUUUUCUCAAAAUGCUUUUCAAACACUAUUUUCAAAUACGCGAAAAACUCAAUGAAAAAGACAGACUAAAUACUUUCUUUUCUUUAAGUCUCGAAUAGCAGAUUUUAUUGUAUAAAAUACGAUUGAUCAUGUCUGUCUAUCAUCAAUGAUAAAUCAAAGAACUGGUCAUUUUUUCGUAUAAAAAAAACCAUGAGGACACGGUGUACCUUAUAAACAAAAAAAAACAAUCUGCUAUAAUACUGUUUCUUUAGAAACAAAUAAAAAUAAAGGUGACAGGUUCUUGACAAAUGGAAGAAAAAAAGUAAAAAUGUUAGACGUUUGCUGUUGUGUAACUUUUUCAGGUUUUCUUCGAUCGUCUAUAGUCAUCGUUUUUAUAUUCACAUUUUUUUAAAAAAAAAUGCAAAAAAAGAAAAAAAUAAUUGUUGAUUUUGUAUGCGGGAGGAAAAUGAAGAAACAUAAAACUCUUCAAAUAUCAUAUACUCUUUUUCAGAAACAAAAAAAAAAAAAAAGAGUUUAAGAGAAAAAUACAUUUAUUAACAUAAAAAAAUUCCUUCGUCUUUUUCAACGAUUCAUUAAUCAAACUUCUUUAAAUUUCUAACAGUAACAUCGCUAGUAAGCGAAAAAUCUGUCAUAAUCGACUGACAUUACUUGAAUAAAAUUAUCAUUUUUGACUGUAAUAGUUAUUGUAUUUAAUAGUAAUUGGAUAAUGGCAAAAUUAACGAGUAGUCAAAAAAAAGAAUUAAAGGAUGCAUUUAAUCUAUUUGAUACGGAUCAAUCCGGAAAAAUUUCAAAACAAGAAUUAAUAAAAGUGUUGAAUGCACUUAAUAUUCAACUGAAUGAUGUUGAAUUAGGUCAUCUGCUGUGUCAGAUGGAUAGCAAUGGUAGUGGUGAUAUUGAAUUUGAAGAAUUUUGUCAGGUAAUGGGACAAGCAUUUUUUAAGCAAUAUUCACGUGCAGAAUUACAAGAUGCGUUUAAACGAUUUGAUCAAGACGGCUCGGGUUAUAUUCAAGCAAGUGAAUUAGAAUCAAUCAUGUCACGAAUGGGUAAACGAAUGAAAAAAAGUGAAAUCGAUCAAAUGAUCAAAUCACUAGACUCAAGUGGUAAUGGUCGAAUUGAAUUUGAUGAAUUUGUUGCUUUGUUUAAUCAAUAA